AUGUAUCGAUCAAUCAUGCUCUGUAUGAAGAAAAUUUAUAACGAAGGCCUCACACUUUCAAACGCUCAACUAUUGGCUGAUCGCUGUGGUAGAUGUUUUGGACCAGCAAUUAAUGAAGAACAUUUACCUCAAGAGCCACAUGUUAUUGUUGCUUUAGAUGGUAAUUUUCAACAUAGGCAUUACACCCAGUCAAGCAAAGAUAAUCCUACCGAAGACGAGUAUCCGGAGAUUUUUAUAAAACCGUCUGAUAUGAAAAAGCACGAGAUUCUUCAGCAUUCGACCGAAGCCCAAGCCAAGAACAUUAAGUGUCAAUUAAAUUUUCAGUUCAAAAAAGGCAAGCUUACAUUUCAAUGGAUUGAAUUAAGGGAUCGAGAUGCGCAUGAUGUCGAUGAAGCCAUUUCCAGGCUCAAUGAACACAGCAAAAUCAAGCAAAAGAUUGAAAAACAACGUUCGAAGAUCGGUUCUGAAGCGAUCUUGAACAAUCUGAAUGCACAAGAACAAGACCAGAUUUUGAAAAUAUGGUAUGCAAAGCAAGAAGUUCGUAAUCAGUUUGUGGCUAUUUGUGAGCAGAAACGGCCACUGGAGGUUAGCCGACGCGAUGGGAAGAAUUCCAGCAUCGGUUACAAUGACAAAACUCACUUGCUUAAGUCACUCCGCGACCAGGCCGCGAAAUUGAAGACAAAACUGGAGAUCUAUCAGAAGCUGGUAGUAUCGUAUUCUACCACUUCUCCACAUCAAUCACAACCGCCAAGCAUCUCCUACCUCGACCUUCUCAAAAUCGACUUUGAUCACUCGUUUUGGAACGAUGGCCUCUUUACCAACGGACGUGAGCCUUGGGCAGUCGAUGCUAACACACAGCACGGAAUGCGCCAGGUUGCAUACUAUGAUCGAGCCAAUGAAGAGAUCCGUCGAUUGGGGUGGGAAGUUAGAAGAGUGAUGCGAUGGUCGAUUGAUUUGCACAAUACCCUAUCAACUCAUCUUUGCCGACUUCAGGCACAGGGUCCUCCUGAGGAAGAUCACCUUCCACUGGUUGAUCAUCCGGCUUUUAAAUCGCUUAGCAGUGCUGGUAAGAUCAAAGCUUCAUGUAUCAUCUUGAAUGAAAGGCUAGUGCGAAUAUUCAACUUGCAAGCUGACUGGAACAAGUGUCUGGAUAAGAGAAAUAUCAGAAUACCAUUACAAAACCCCAAUCGAUUUUCACAGCCCAAGUCUGGCUGUUCUUUCAUGUGCUUCAGUAGAUUUUCCAAACAAAGCAGGUUUUGGGAGACUUUGUGGUCAGAGGAGUGCAACAAGAAUAGCAAAAAUGGAACCAAGUUGAACAAACUUGAGUAUAAGGAGGUUGAUCUAGCAUUCGCCCCAGAAUGA